UAGGUUUUCCCUGCAGUAUUUCUUCUGAUUAAAAAAAAUCUUAAGGGUCUGUUUGUUCCAUGCAUUUGCCAAAGCAGUCUGCAUGUUUUUCCUUGGAAUCAAUAAAUAAUUUGCCCAGAGACAUCUUACAAGCAAUCAGCCAACAUAUUUGCUUGCAUUCUUUUUAGUUGAUUCCACAGGUUUCGUAUACAUAAAUAAGAAAUGGACAUCUCAAUCAAUAGUCAGGCCAAAGCAUAGGGGAAGCCUGGAGUACAUAAGGCUCUUCUGAUCUCGCAAAGCGUAAGUUGCUCUGGGAUUUGAGCUGUACGGAAAGAAGAUGAAAUCAUAGCUGGAUGCAGAAUAAAAUCCAGCACAGAUACAUCAGCUGAGCAUGUGAAUAUGCAGCACAGAUACAGAAAGGAUACACAAAGACCCUGGGCAGGUGCACAUAUUAUGGUAGGCUGAACUGGGAUAAGUUAACUUCAUUUUGUCUUAACCUCACUCUCAUCUCUGUCGCCUGUGCAUGAGGCAAGUGCCUUUAAGGGAACCUUAAAAUAACAGCUCUGCCUGGGAGAUGUGAUGAAUGUAACAGGUGCAGAGAUUAUUUCCAGGCCAUGUGUGUGCGUCUGUGUGUAACAGCAAGAGGGGGAGAGUGAAAGCAGAAAAAGGAGAGAGCACAUUGAUGUCCCUGCUGCGUCUCUAGCCUGUGAAUCUUACAGCAGAUUGCCUUUGAGCGACCUAAAUUCUAACGGAAAACAGAGAAAGAUCGGAAGAAGAGAAGAGCGUGUACACCUAAAGGGUUAUUUACAUCAAUUCUCGCAGUUGAAGGGAAAUAAACCUCGCUACACAAAUGAUGUGGCCUAAUUUUUUCAUGCAAGAGGAGGAGCAGCGCUUCUCAGGAAGAGGUAGAGGACAACGUGGAAAAGGCUUGACUGAUGCACAGGAGGGUAAAAUCAAAUUGGCCUUUUUUGUGGCCCUUGUGGGGGUGACACUGUCUGUGCUGGCAGUUGGGACAGAGUUUUGGGUGGAAGUGAACACCUAUAAGCAGAACCACAGUAUGACAUGUGAAGCUGCCCAUUUUGGGCUAUGGAAGUAUUGCUACAAGAAACUAUGGAUCUCUGAUGUGGAUGAAUACCGUGCAACCUGUGGACCUGCAGAGCUGCCUGGAGAUUCUAACUGUUCAUAUUUCAAGUUUUUUACUACUGGGGAAAAUGCAUACAUCUUUCAGCGUGUCACACACAAGGAUCUCAAUAUUUCUGCAGCUGUUCUAUCUCUUUUGAGUAUAACAUUUAUGGUAAUGGGAUCAAUAUGUAUCACUAUGGUUUUGAGCAAAGGUGUGGAGUUCCUCCUAAAGCCUGCAUCUUUCUUCUUCAUCCUUUCUGGUGUAUUUGUACUCAUCACUAUGGUAAUAUUUCAUCAAGCUGUCAUCUGGCUAAUGGGAAGCAACCACAAUGUGAAGCUAGAAUAUGAGUAUUCAUGGUCUGUAGCCUGUGCAGCAGCAGCUGGAGCCAUCUUGAUAUUCGGUGGAAUAUGUUGCAUUUUCUUGGUAUUGCCAUCACUCCCCAAAAAACCAUGGGAGUACUGCAUGAAAAAGGGGAGUAGUUCAUAAAACAAGAACUGGAGAUCACAAUUGCUUAAUAUCCUAGCACACAAGCUAGAGAACAUUCACACAUUGCCGGGUUCCCAACAGUAACGUCCUUCGCAAAAUGAGGACAGUUGUUUGUUUACGUCAUUGUAAUUUUAUUCACCUGAUCCAGAGUAAAAGUCAGUAUUCAGACUAUGGGGUUUGUAACAAAGGAAAAAGAAGGAGGCUUGAACACAAGGACAGACUAUUUUUAUCAUAUUUUGGACUGGAUGUUUUUUUUUUUUUUUUGUUUCCCCCUUUGUACAUAAGCUUUGUAGCAUCCAGAACUCUGUCAUGGUAUUUUAUUUGGGGAGGGUUAUUGUAUAUGGUGGUAUAUUAUAUUGUGCUAUUAAAAGUUAUUUUUAUUCCGGUGAUUGUUUGCAUUUAGCUACGCAUAUAUAUUUAUAGAUUAUAAUCAAAUCUCAAUCUUUUAUGUAAAUAUGAGCUGGUACUUUGUGAACCUAUGUAUUCUGCAUGUAAACCAAAGAAAAAGACAGGUACAUUAUGAUGGAAAAGGCUGUGGUUUUGAGAAAGAAAACUUUUUAUAUUGGAACAGAUUAGUAGACAACUAGGUUACUCUUAGAGAAGGAAGGAAAAGGGAAUUGUCGAAGGGCCUAGAGAAAAGAUAUAAUUGCAUUCAAGUUGUGGACCUCAUAAAAUAUACAAGACACAAUAUAAAUACAUGCCAUUUAACCUCUUAAGGACCAAGGACGUACCAGUACAUCCUGAGUCAGCUUCUGUUCUAUAACGCGGGACCCGUGGCUAAUAGCGUGUGGCACUGAUCGCAGUGCUGCGCGCCAUUAACCAUUUAGAGGCGGCAUUCAAAGUUGAUCGCCGCAUCUAAAGUGAAACUAAACUACCCCCGGCUAGCUCAACGGGCUGUUCGGGAUCGCCGUGACAUCGUGGCGUCCCGAACAGCUGUAAGACUUUUUUUUUUCACUUUUUUUUCCUCAUAGGAUUGCAAAAAAAAGUUAAAAAAAAAGUUAAUAAAGAUCAUUUAACCCCUUCCCUAAUAAAAGUUUGAAUCACCCCCCUUUUCCCAUUUAAAAAAAAGUGUAAAUAAAAAAAUAAACAUAUGUGGUAUUACCGCCUGUGGAAUUGUUGAAGCAAUCAAAAAGUCCGAUCAAUACUAAAAUGGUACCGAUAAAAACUUCCGUUCACGGAGCAAAAAAAUUUGCCCUCAUACCGCCUCACACACAGAAAAAUAAAAAAGUUAUAGGGGUCAGAAUAUGACAAUUUUAAACAUAUACAUUUUCCUGCAUGUAGUUAUGAUUUUUUCCAGAAGUACAACAAAAUCCAACCUAUAUAAUUAGGGUAUCAUUUUAAUCAUAUGGACCUACAGAAUAAAGAGAAGGUGUCAUUUUUACCGAAAAAUGUACUGCGUAACGGAAGCCCCCAAAAGUUACAAAAUGGUGUUUUUUCUUCAAUUUUGUUGCACGAUGAUUUUUUUUUUCAUUUCUUCGUAGAUUUUUGGGUAAAAUGGCUGUCAUUACAAAGCAGAAUUGGUGGCGCAAAAAAAAGUCAUCAUAUGGAUUUUUAGGUGCGAAAAUUGAAAGAGUUAGGAUUUUUUAAAGGUAAAGAGGAAAAAAAUGAAAGUUCAAAAAUGGAAAAACCCCUGGUCCUUAAGGGGUUAAUGGUUUAAUGCAAAGUGCCAACAACUGACCAACUAGUAGUUUAAAAUGUAGAUGGUAAACUAUAGCUGUGAUUUACUGCUAUAUUAGAUUUGAUUUGUCAUAUUCUUCCAGACUGUCAAAUCACUAAAUCUACUCAAAAGAGCAGCCCAAUUCACCAGUAUUUCCUCGUAUCUUCCUGUCCAGGGUAGCCUCUGUACAGGGUGUGAGUAGCCUGAAGCUGUAGUAUUAGAGUUCGAGAGGUACAGAUGAUGUGUGAGGCUUUACAAAUACAGUGGUCCCUCAACAUACGAUGGUAAUCCUUUCCAAAUGGACCAUCGUUUCUUGAAACCAUCGUAUGUUGAGGGAUCCGUGCAAUGUAAAGUAUAGGACAGUGGUCUACAACUUGCCGACCUCCACAUGUUGCAAAACUACAACACGCAGCAUGCCGGGACAGCCAAUGGCUGUCCGGGCAUGCUGGGAGUUGUAGUUUGGCAACAUCUGGAGGUCCGCAGGUUGAAGGCCACUGGUAUUGGAGGUUAUACUCACGUGUCCCCACCGCUCCGGACCAUCACCACCGCCCUGGAUGUCGCCCUCCAUCGCUGUCGCCGCGUCCUCGGGAUGUCACCGACGCUCCAGCAAGGCCUCUGCUUCCCCGGCAUCCUCGCUCUCCGUUACUGCCAUCACGUCGCUACGCACGCCUCCUAUUGGAUGAUGGGACGGCGUGCGCAGCGAAGUGAUGACGACGAUGGAGAGCGCCGACGAUGCAGGGGAUCCCGAUGAGGAUGGCCCGGAGCCCCGAGGACAGGUAAGAGACCCUCACCGGACCACACGGGGCACUGUAAACGGCUAUCAGGUGGCAGCUGAAGCAGUCUGCGCUGCCAAAUAGCCGUUUAUGCAAAGGCCCCGGCAUACAAAAGCAUCGUCUGUUGAUGCUGCCUUCAGCAUGCAAUGGCCUCUGAGAGGCCAUCGUAUGUUGAAAUGAUGGUAUGUCGGGGCCAUCGUAGGUCGAGGGGGGGGGGGGUCACUGUACUUUUCUUGUACAUCCAGGUCUCAGUGGCUUUUGUAUUUUCCAUGAUAUCAACUUAAAAGAAUUCUCAUCUUGGCUGUUACUGUUUCUUAAAACCCAUGAGGUGAGGCUCCCUGUGCUUUUAGAUAUAGACUGUGCUAAUUCAGUCUUCAUUCCACUGGAGUUUUAUAACAUUAACCAGAGUUUUGUACACAGUACUGUCAAAGGCUCUGGAGAAAGAGCAUUUUGCUGCCUGUGUGGUAAUGCUAACGUCUACUUAGAUUAUACAAGUCCAUGAAUGGCGUACUCUGCUACAGCUUAAAAUAACUCACUACCACUUUUAAUUUGUCUUCUUCUGUACCUUAAUGCCUGGAAAGGCAGCUUAGUUUACUUAAAUGGUCACCACUAUGAACAGUAACAUAAUACACCGGUUUGGGAAUAUCAUUUUGAUGUAACAACAGUUUUUGACGGCAAAUGGUCCCAGGUGUCAACAAUAGACACCACAAAUUCCAAAGAAGACCUAGAAUCAUAUAUAUAUAUAUAUAUAUAUAUAUAUAUAUAUAUAUAUAUAUAUACAAAUAGAAAUGUGGGUUGGCUUAUGAUAAUUUUUGUCCAUCCUCUGUGUGUACCAUUUUAAAGUUUGCUAUAAUUCUGCUAUGCAUGACCAGGAAAAGUGGCUAAGCAUUUGUAAUGCCAAUCUAGAUGUUAUUUUCUGUAAUAAAUUAUUAUUAAACUAUUGAUUAUAAAACUAUAAACAUUGAACAUCCUCACUUCAGUUUCCACAAUGACUGAACAGUUACAUGCACAGUGAUGAUCUUGACUUAUAGAACUUCUUCACUAACCAGUAAGAUGAUGCGUAUAUGAAGGAACAUCAGGCAAAAAAAAAGAAAGAAAUAUUGCUCCGAGAAGAAGUUGUUGGAAUCAAGCUAAAGUAAUGAUGAUAUAAAAGUAACUACAAUAUUAGAGCAAAAUUAUAAGUUUAUUAGGAAAGGAGGCUCUGGUACUCUUUUGUGAAAAACAAAAAACUGAUUUGACUCUAAAGACAAUAUGGUUUCGGUCCACAGCAAUUCAGGUUUUUUAUUCAUGACACCACUGCAAAUAAAUUGACCGGCUGUCGCGGACCGGCUGUCAAUGACAGGACACAUAAUAGGUGUCAUGACAUCAAAAUUUCCUUUUACUAAGUGCCUGGAAAUGGGAGCGGUAUGUAAUGAAAGUGCCACCUGUGUCUGGUUGGUGAAUAAAAAAAAACGUGGAAGCUG